ACUCCUCUUCCCUUCACUUCUCUCUUCUGCAACAUGCUUUCCUUCCCCAGAACAACUAACCCAUACGUGGCAAGACAAACCGUGUUGUCUGUUUUAGGAAAAAUUUUGAAUCUUCUUAUUCAAGAAUCUGAUUCAUUGCUUGAAUUUGAUGAUCGAUUCCAAUGGAUCGAAGCCCAGUUGCAAAAAUAUGCUGAUUUGGAGGAGAAUGUGUUGUCCCCAUAUGUAUUAAUCGAGAUUAUGUAUGACAUUGAAGAUUUGAUUGAUGAGUUGAUAAUCAGAUCAGCCCAAAGGAGGAGUGGAGAAGCUAUCAUUCGCUGUAUUUUGAGCCUUGUUGAUCUGCCAAGACAAUUCUUUUAUGUUUUUUUUGGCACUCAUCGACUUGACAGAUUCUUAUAGAUUCUACAAGAAAUUGGAACUGAUCAAAGUUAAUAUAUCCAGAAUAUUCAGCAAGUUUUUCCAAUCUGGUUAUUGGCAUAAUACCUUUAGCCCAUAUGAUUUGGAAAUAGGAACUACAAUUGUUUCGCCUGUAAUUUCUAAGUUUGAAGCCUUAGUUGCUAAGAGACAGCUUAAGCCUCCAGUUAGAACGCAAGCCAGGUUGUUAAGAGAUGAAUUCAAGUCUUUGAAGGUCUUUCUAAAAGAUCUUGAAUCACAAGAAACAAUUAGUGAAAAGAGAAUGGCAUGGAUCGAACAACUUUGCGAUGUUUGUCGCUCUGCUGAGAAUGUUGUUGGGCUCUUCUUGACUAAAAAAGAGAUAGGUAAUCCCAAAAGCUUAGUUUGGUCUCCCCAUAAUUUCAUUUCCCAACAUAAGCUUUCCGGACAAAUGGUUCGAAUCCAGAAUAAAGUCUCUGAUAUUUCUAAAAGAAGGUAUGAAGCCAUUCAUCGAAGGUCAGGGCAUCACUUGUAUGGUGAUAUAAGAUUACCUUCUUCUUUUGCAGAGCAACUUGAUACUGAUAUAGUUAGCCUUGAAGAGGAUGUUGAUGCAGUUAUAAAACAACUGCUGAAAGAUAAUCUCCGCUGCCUUACCAUUUCAAUUGUGGGUGUUAAAGGCAUUGGCAAGAGGUGUUAA